AUGGUCUCAGAAUUACCAUUGAAUCAUACAACAUCUAACACAUCAUCUGAAUCGAAUUGGAAAAACUUACGCAUGGAAAUCUAUUCCGUUGGUGUUUACGAUCUUCACAAUGUUCUACGUCGACGGAACAUAUUAGACUGGUGCGAAUGGCACUUAACUAUUGAUGAAAAUGAUAAUGCUAUAAAAAUAGCAAAAGAGUUUCAUCAGGAAUUUGAAAAAUCAAGAUUAUCUUCGAAUCUAGCUGGUAAAAUCGAUACGAUAGAGAAAACAUUUUUAAACUUCAUGCCUCAUGAUAAUGAUUGGAAUAAGAUUAGAAAAUGUUUUCAAGAUGUCCGUCAAGAAGAUAGUCCGUUACCGAUUAUCAAGGCCUACACCUUGGCUCAAGAUCUCACUGUUCGUCUAAAUAAACAUUCAGCUGUAAAUACGUAUCAUGCAUUAAAACUCUACUGUACGUUAUUGAACUGUCCGAUUUUGGCACAAACACAAGAGUAUACAGAAGCUAUUACUAGUCUCUUUUUUCAUCCAAAGUUAGAUGAAUUCCUUGUUCGAAAUAUAACAGUUCAUCGUGGCAUAUUUCUUAAGGAUAAAAAACUUAUAGCUGAUUAUAGUCAAGGUGCUACAAUUAUAACGACUACAUUUCUAUCAACAACUACAGAUCCUGUGGUAGCGGAAUGCUUUUGUGCAGUUCCUCCUGAAGACAUGAUAUCGAUAUCAGUGUUUUGCACGUAUAAUAUUAAUAAUACUCACCGUCGUACAGCUCUUCGUCUGAAAGAAGCCACCAAUUUUGAAGAUGAGCAGGAAGUAUUGAUUUUACGCUAUAUACCAUUUACAAUUAAAUCGAUUGAACGAACGAACGAUGGUCGAAAAAUAAGAAUAUGCUUUGAUGAAUGUAAGGACUAG